AUGGUAGAUAGUCAACAAGGNAAGUUUGCUCACAGUCCACAGUGGACCAGGCGACAAGCGUAUGCACAGCUCUGCCAAAAUCUAUUGGAAGAGAAUGUUGAAUCUGGAGAACAGUUUAGCAAAGAGUUUUUACCAAGCCUGUUAUUUCUUCUCUCUGAUCCUGUUCCAAAUGUGAGACUUAGUCUAGCCAGGACUUUGUCACAAGGUGUCUUAUUAUCAGAUUACUUUAAAGAAACAGAUAGUGAAGGAAAAGAUGCUGUUCACUCUGCUAUACAAAGGCUUCAACGGGACCCAGACAGGGACGUUCGGUACUUUGCAGGUGUUGAGGAAGAUGCAUUAGAUUUAACAUAUGAAGGCCAUGUCACGUCUUUACAUACAGCACAGGACCACUAUCAAGAUAUGAGCUAUGACCCAGAGGAAGAUUUAGAACUUGACAAUCAAACACCAGGUGAUGGAGAGAACAGAGUGGAAGACUUAAAUGAAACAUGUGGUGAUAACCUAGAGAGUAGAACUGAAACAACUGAACAACUAGAUGAUUUUGAUCAGACUGUCACAGAAGAGGUGUCAUCCAUUGGCGCUCUUGUUGAUACAGAUUUGGAAAGUACAACACAAGAAUUUGAAGAAAAUGAAAGGAGGGUAGAUUUAGAAUCUCAAGGCGACAGUGAUCAAGAACAGAUAGGUGGUGAGAAUUCUGAUGAUGGAGCAAGAUCUACUGAGGAAACAGAACAACAAGAAAAUGAGGAACUACCAGAAUCAUCUGACCCACUGCAAGAAUUAGUGUGGCAGAACUCUUGAGUUUCUCUCCAAUUAACAAGUGGCUUCCCAACUUAAUCAAAUGUACAUUUUCUAAGAUAUUCAGCUGGCAUAGCAACCAAAUUCCUGUACAUGAGUGCAUCUCAGAAUUAAUUUAAUGCCCCGGGUUGCUUUGUUUUAAAUGGGGUCUGUGAACUUUAUAUCGCUGAGUAGCAAGCAAUUGAGUGGUUCCCAGGGAGUUAUUUUAAUUAAACUAAUUAUUAGACUAGGUGUUAAAUAAUUUAUAAAAAUGGUAGCAGUUAAUUGUGGAAAGCAUAUAUGAGACCAUUUUUGUGAGAAAUUUGAAGUUGUAUUGUACAGUUGGAUUUCAUUGUGUAUAUUUCAUUUUGAUUGUGUUGUCAUUAAAUUAGGAGUUCAGUGCUGUGUAAAACCUAUUGCAUGCACAUUCUGCUAUCAGAAAUUUUAUAAUGUUGAUUUGAUACUGACAUCUUUAAUUUAAGUAUAUUUUGAACAUGAUACAUACUAUGACUGUAUAUGUAGAGUUUCUGAACUGAGUUUGGAUUUUGAUUUAUUCAAGAGUUUCUUUAAAACUAACUAAAAAAUAUUAUUGUACUGUUUUUAAUGGGAAUAAUCUAUUUUCUGGGAAAUAUCAGUGGAAAUGAACUAAAACAGUCUAUAUUCUUUUAAUACAAACAGAAUAGUUAUAGGGCAAUCCUUUUUGUGACAAUCUGACCAAGGAAUACAACUGCAAACUCAAUCAACAGAAGCAUGAUUUUUUUUCUUUUAUUUUAAAGUGGCAAGGAAUUUUAGCACAGUGACUAAGUUUGUUUCAUUCCAACAGAAAGUGGAUGUUAAGAGAAAAACUGUGUUCAAGCCAAUGAUUAGGGGGUGUGAUAAAUUACAUGAGACACAUAUUAUUAGUUUUUGGCACUUAAGGGAUGACUGCAAUGCACCAAUUAAAUGUAGAUCACACAUCAACAACGUCAUUUAAAUCUGUACCUUUGUCUAUUUACUCUCCAUUUACAGUGUGACUGUGACCUUAUGUGUUGACAGGCACAAUGAGGAUUACCAAGUUACAGUGUGACUUCUGCAACCAACGACACCUGACAAAAUUCUUAUUAAACAUUAUUGUGAAAAGCUGUUGGUCAAUUUGCAAAGAAUUUGCCUGGAUGGCUUUGGUUGGAGUUGCCUCGCUGUAAGUUAUCAUUCCUCACUGGGGAUGUACACGCACAAGGCUCUUGUCACCUUGGUGAUAAUCAAAUAUCUGUCACGCAGAGUAACUAUUCUUGACUCCUUAUCUAUCAUCUGGCUUUUAGAUUUAUUGCGAUCAUGCAUCAAAAGUUAUUACUAUAAAUUUGAACUUCAAGAGUAUUUUCUUUAUACUUGUCAACAGUAUGCUCACUAUAUUUACAAUUUGUAUAAUUUUCAGACGUACUUUCUACUCUAGUAUAUUAAUUAUUUUUGGAAUGAAUAGUUAGUGUUCAUGUCUCUGAAACAAGGAACUCAACAAAAUGUUCAUACUUCUCAAACCAUAUUUCAAUGUUUACACCCAUUAAUAUCAGAUUCUUUUUGUUAGUCUAAUUUGCCAACAGUCACAAGCUUCCUGUUUGGCACAUACAGUAAAUGACAUCAACUGUCAUGAGACUGAUCUGCAAUACAAAGGAACACUAUAAUUCCAGCUGCUGAAUAUGUAAUAUUAUGACCAAAUUUAUUUGGUUCUUAUUGUUUGCCAAUUUGUAUACAUUGUGUUAAUAAUGAGUACAUGUGGUUGAAUAAAAAUUUCCAGAAAUUAUAA